AUGCGGACAACGCUCGCACAAGCUAGGCCUGAUUUGCGUUUAGCAAUAUCGCUGUGGUACGCGAGUCGCUGUGGGUUGUCGCUCUCCCGAGACAUUCCCGAUAAUUUCUCGCGGGCGCAGGGGGGUCGGAGUCUAGAAAAAGCUCCGCUAACGCUCCGCUUUAAUAAAUGGGAUAGUUCUCGACGAGGCAGAGAUGAAGAGACCAUUCCCGCACUGUGCCCAGAGGGAGGAGUCGUGUAUUUCAUCAGCACAUUGUGGCAUGGCGGCGGUGCCAAUGUGUCCGACCGUCCACGACAAAGCGCAACAGUUCAGUACUGUAAUCCAUACAUUCGGCCGAUCGAGAACCAGAUUCUAGCGGUCGAUCCACGAAAGCUGGAUAGGAUACAUCCUCGAAUCGUCGAAAUGAUGGGUUACAAACACAUGGAACCAUUUAUGGGAUAUGCGGAUGGCCUGGGACCUCGUCGAGCCGCGACGAGGAUGGUUCGAUGGCUUCAGCAGGAAGUGGAUGACAAUCCUCCUACCUUUGCUCACGAGGCCCGAGAGUCCAAGUUGUAG